UUUCUGCUACUAACUCCGGAAACUGCUAGCUUAGCUUUGUGGCAGUUUAAUAUAAAGGUUAAACGUGUACGUGUUGUGUUUGCGGUUUUGUUUCUUUUAUAGCGAAAACUCACGAACACAAUUCGAUACCGUUAAUACGUUAAUACGUUAAUACGUUAAUACGCAGAGCGCUUAGGAAGGACCAACAGGAAGUCUUCCUGUGUCGAGUCACCUGUAGUUAGCUGGCUAAGAACAUCAUUAACGUUAGCUAGCUAGCUGUCUAAAUGCUUAUACAGUCUCUAAACGGAGGGAAGCAGUGUAUGUGAUGGAUAUUUUUAUUGUAAUGUGUGCUUUGGCUUGAGAGUAUUCAGUGUGGAGAGUGUAACCCUGCCAGGAGUUAGCAUGCAGUCAUGCGUCAAAUCGAGCACAUGAGGAUGUUUCUCAUGAGCUUGUGAGCUCAGACUGACUUUUUAAUGGGAGCCGAGCCGCGUUUUUGUCAGACCUGUGGGCGAUACUCACGCAGACGGAAGAAGAACCGGCGGCCCGAAUGGAGUCGUUGGCAAGCUACGUUUAUAAAGCGGCCAGUGAAGGCAGAGUCCUGACCCUAGCUGCUCUUUUACUCAACCAUUCUGCCUUGGAGACUCGGUACCUGUUGGACUAUGUAACCCAGCUGGCUGGUCAACGCUCCACUCCUCUCAUCAUAGCAGCAAGGAACGGCCAUGACAAAGUGGUCCGGCUCCUUCUGGACCACUACAGAGUGGACACUGAGCAGACUGGGACAGUCAGGUUUGACGGGUAUGUAAUCGACGGAGCCACGGCGCUCUGGUGCGCAGCAGGUGCUGGACACUUCGAAGUCGUGCGGCUUCUUGUGUCUCACAACGCCAACGUAAACCACACCACCCUGACCAACUCCACCCCUCUCAGGGCAGCCUGCUUCGACGGUCGGCUAGACAUCGUGCGCUACCUGGUGGAACAUAACGCCGACAUCAGCAUUGCCAAUAAGUACGACAAUACCUGCUUGAUGAUAGCUGCUUAUAAGGGACACCCAGACGUCGUGCGCUUUUUGCUUGAGGAAAACGCCGACCCAAACGCGAAGGCCCACUGUGGCGCCACGGCGCUGCACUUCGCCGCUGAGGCUGGCCAUCUGGAAAUCGUGAAGGAGCUGGUGCGAUGUCAGGCAGCCAUGGUGGUGAACGGCCACGGCAUGACGCCGCUCAAAGUGGCGGCAGAAAGCUGCAAGGCAGACGUUGUCGAGUUGCUUCUGUCGCAUGCUGACUGUGACUCUCACAGCCGUAUCGAAGCGUUGGAGCUGCUCGGAGCUUCCUUUGCUAACGACCGUGAGAAUUAUGACAUCCUCAAGACAUACCAUUACUUGUAUCUGGCCAUGCUGGAGCGCUACCGCAACCCUGAAAGGGUCAUUGCCAAAGAGCUCCCACCACCCGUGGAAGCUUACGGUGGCCGCAUGGAGUGUAGGACCCCUCAGGAUCUGGAGGCCAUCAGGCAGGACCGUGACGCGCUACACAUGGAAGGUCUGAUGGUCCGUGAACGCAUCCUUGGAUCGGACAGCGUAGACGUUUCGCAUCCCAUCAUAUACCGUGGUGCCGUCUAUGCCGACAACAUGGAGUUUGAACAGUGCAUUAAGCUGUGGCUACAUGCCUUGCACCUGCGCCAACGAAGCAACCGUAACACGCACAAGGACCUCUUGCGCUUUGCACAAGUUUUUUCACAGAUGGUACACCUGAAGGAGCCAGUUCAGGCGCCCGAUGUCGAGCAGGUGUUGUGCUGCAGUGUCUUGGAGAUCCGGCGCAGCAUGGCGCGCUUGGAAACGGCCUCCGAGGCUGAACGUCCAGCCUGCUCUGACAGCUAUGAGUCAAACAUUUUUACAUUUCUCUACCUGGUGUGCAUCUCCACCAAGACGCAGUGCGACAACGAGGACCGUGCACGCAUCAACAAGCAAAUUUACGAUCUAAUCCGACUCGACCCACGCACCCGAGAAGGCUCGUCGCUGCUCCACCUGGCCGCCAGCUCCAGCACUCCAGUGGAUGAUUUCCACACGAACGAUGUGUGCAGCUUCCCCAAUGCGCAAGUCACUAAGAUACUGCUGGACUGUGGCGCACAGGUGAACUGCGUAGAUAAUGAAGGAAACAGUCCUCUGCACCUCAUCGUGCAGUACAAUCGGCCCAUCAGUGACUUCCUCACCCUGCACGCCAUCAUCAUCAGUCUAGUGGAGGCCGGAGCUCACACUGACAUGACCAACAAGCAGAAGAAGACGCCGUUGGAGAAGAGCACCACGGGUGUCUCGGAGAUCCUCCUGAAAACGCAGAUGAAAAUGAGUCUAAAGUGCCUGGCUGCUCGGGCCGUCCGUCAGCAUCACAUCCUCUACCGAAACCAGAUUCCUAAAAGCCUAGAGGAGUUUGUUGAGUUUCAUUAAUCUAUUAUAUUUCUUUCAGUUUCUGAAGUUUUUAGCUGAUCUGAUGGUGCUGGUUAUUCUUGAUCAAGUUUUUUUUUUUUUUUUUUUUUAAAACAACAAACUCUCUUCCCCUUUGUUAAAAGUGCUCGUCACAUGGAUCUAAAAAUGACCUUCACACUCAUAUGCAUCUGAUGUACAGAUUUAUCUAGACUGAUCCCCCACCCCGGCCAUCGUUUACACUCACUUCAUACAAAGUAAUGGGGUGCAACAUACGAUAUUGAAAUAACCACUCAGUGCAUUUUGGGGGCCAUAGCUAAGGAACUGAAAUGAAACUGUCGUUUUUAUGUGAAUGACAAAAUCCCCAGAGAGAACAGCUUUUUACUGACUGCACUUUGCGUAGGAUGAUUUCGUUAAUUUUGUUUUAUUAACAUAUUUUAUUAAAAAAUUAUUUAAAACAUAAGAUCUAUUUUCUAAGGAAUCUUUAGCAGAUUGGUGUACUAAAAUUGAAACUUUCUUUGCCAGGCUGUACACAAAUUUCUUUUAUAAAUAAAUACACUAAGCUGUGCCUCUGAUGGGUUCUUUUACAUUUUUUUUUUACUUUUUUUUUUUUUUUAGUUCUUUCAUUUUUCAACGUUUC